AUGGCUACACAAAGUAAAAUGGUCAGUGUGCUAAGCAUUGAUGGAGGUGGUGUGAGAGGCUUAAUUCCUGCUACCAUUCUGUCAUGCCUCGAAACCAAGCUUCAGGAAAUUGAUGGACCAGAUUCAAGAAUUGCCGAUUAUUUUGAUGUGAUCGCUGGAACAAGCACAGGAGGGCUUGUUACUACCAUGCUUACAGCUCCAAGUACGAAUAAUCGACCAAUGUGGACUGCCCAAGACAUUGUUGAUUUCUACAUAGAGCACUGCCCCAAGAUUUUUCCUCAGAAAAAGGGCUUGUUCAGUUCCAUAACAAAUAUUUUCCACGAUUUGAUGAAGCCAAAAUACGAUGGAAAGUACCUGCACUCCUUAGUACAAACAAUGCUCGGUGAGGCUACCCUGGAUCAAACCCUAACAGAAGUCGUAAUUCCAGCUUUUGACAUCAAGCUUCUUCAACCCAACAUAUUUUCAACCAAUGAGGCAAAGGUUAAUGCCUUGAAGAAUGCUAAAUUAUCAGAUAUAUGCCUUAGCACCUCAGCUGCUCCAACAUUUCUCCCACCUCACUACUUCCAAACAAAAAAUGCCAAGGGACAAACUCGUAGUUUCAACCUCGUCGAUGGUGCACUUGCUGCAAAUAAUCCUACGCAACUUGCAAUCAACCAUAUAUUAAAGGAGAUUGUGCCUAAGAAGGACUAUGUCAACGUCAAGCCAACGGAUGGAACCAGUUUCCUAGUGAUCUCCCUUGGUACCGGUACUGCAAAACACGAAUGCCGGUAUAGUGCAGCAGCAGCCGGUAAGUGGGGUUUGCUAGACUGGCUUUGCAUCAAUGGUGGCACCCCUUUAAUUGAUGCCCUAACACAAGCUAGCUCUGAUGUUGUUGACAUCCAUGUUUCCUCUCUCUUCCAAGCUCUCAAUGCCGAAAAUAAUUAUCUUCGCAUUCAGGAUGAUACACUGAUGGGUGAAGAAGCAUCAGUUGAUGUAGCCACGACGAAGAACCUGCAAAAACUAGUGCAGAUUGGGAAGCAACUGCUAAAGAAGCGAGUGUCGAUGGUGAACUUGGAGACAGGCAAGUUUGAAGAACUCGAGACAAAGGGCACCAAUGAAGAAGCCCUCGCUUGCUUCGCCAAGCUACUGUCAGAUGAACGCAGGCACCGCCAAACCAUUGUUUCUGUGGAUUGA